CCAAACAUAAAGGUUAUUUCGCCCGUUCAGAUAAUGAAGGUCAUCAAUUUAAAUCACUUAUGGAUGUCAUCGAAUAUGUCAAGCCAACCGUUUUAAUAGGAUUAUCUUCUACUGGUGGUGUAUUUGAUGAAAAUGUAUUACGACGUAUGGGUGAACUUAACAAGAAUCCUAUCAUUUUCCCAUUAUCUAAUCCAAUGGUUAAUGCGGAAUGUAGUUAUGAAGAUAAACAGGAAAAAUACGGUAUCCAGGACAAGGAAAUAAUAUGUAUAUCUUGCGCAAUUCUUGCUCGUCCCGAAAGAAUUACUGAUCGCCAAAUAUACGCUUCUGCUGCUGCACUCGCUGAAUCACUUACCUCUUCAGAAAUUGAACAAGACUUCCUUUACCCAGCUAUACAACGAAUUCGACGUGUAUCAGCCCAAGUAGCUGCUGCUGUAAUCGUAACAGCUGUAGAUGAAGGACUUGCACGUAGUCAAGAAAUUAAUUCAUUAGUUAAACAAGAUUUACAAGAACUUUCAUCUCGAAGUGGUACUAAAUGGGAUUCUUUGGUAAAAUAUGUGGAAGAAAGGAUGUGGGAUCCUAAUAAUGAAAAAUUCUUUCCAAGUGAAACUUUAAUUAAAAAAAAUUUACAAAUUGUAGUAAAUAAAAGA